AUGUGGUGCUCACUUCUUCAAAAACAUUUUCCUGGCUCAGUAUGGAAAAAACACUAUUCAAAAAUAAUCUUUUAUGUUUCAUCUGUUUUAUAUGGUCCUAAGCCGUCUUUUCUUUGGGAUUUUGGCCCUGUAGUAGAUUUUAGGCAAAUUUUUAAUUUUAUUGAAAACCUAAAAUUAUUCUUAGACAAUGUAGACUCUUUGUUGAUAGUUGUUAUAAAUGAUGAUAUUUUAAUAGUUAACACUAAAGAAUGUCUAAAAACAUUAUUUUUUAAUAGAUACAUAAUACAAAUUGUUAAUAAUGAUAAGUGCCAAAUAAUUGAAUCUGAGAAAAUAGAUCAAAUAAAAUCCAUCAUAAAUGUUUUGGCGGAUAAAUUUAAACAAAGCCAUAAAUGUGAUUUUUGGAUUUUAGACUCUAAACAAUUUUGUUGCCCACCUUGCUUAUAUGGAUUAUUAUUAAAUUAUCCUCUUGUUUAUUUUUUUGAAUUCGAUUACAAGCCUUUUCAAGCUUCUUUACUUGUAUUUUCAGUUUCAAGUCAAUUUUCAUUUAAGGGUGAAACAAGGAAAUUUCUUUUAUUCUCUUUUAGUAUCCCCAAAGAUCUAGUUACUUCUGAAAUUGAAUUGUUUGUAACUGAAUGGUUCAAUUCAUUAAAAUAUUCAGUUAAAUCUAAUUUUAGCGAUUUGAGUAUGGAAAGUAGUUUUGAAGAUGAAGCAGCUUAUUACUUUCAACAAUGUCUUUUUCUAAAGCCACAAUAUAUUCAUGCUAAGUACAAUCUUGAAAGUGUUUUAAAUUUAGCAGUAGAAAGAUGGCAUUUUAGAAUGUUAAAUGAUAAAAACAGAAAUAAAGCUUUUCAAAAGGCUAUUAAAAAAAAAAUUCAACUUGGUCAUACAACAGUAUUAGAUAUAGGAACAGGUACAGGAUUACUGAGCUUAUUUUGCAAAGAAGGAAAAGCCGAUGAGAUUUAUGCAUGUGAUUCAUCAACAAUUAUGGUAGAAAUAGCAGAAAAAGUUUUGAUGAAAAAUGAAGCCUCAAAUGUGAAAAUUCUAAAUAAAAAUUCUUCUGAAAUAUUACUACCGACUGAUAUUCCGAAAAAAGUGUCUUUAAUUGUUACUGAAAUAUUUGAUUCAGGUUUACUUGGGGAAAAAAUUUUGGCUACUCUGUCGCAUGCCUGGAAUAAUUUAUUAUUGCCGUCAAAGUAUUGUUUUACCAAUGAAAAAAACUUUAAAUGUGGAGCUGUAAUACCAAGUGCAGCUAAUAUUUAUGCAGUUGGAAUCAAGUCAAAAUUUCUCUCAAAUCAACUUUACCCUAAACUUUUUGAACCCUUUGAAAACGCUAUUAAAAAUUAUGGAUUUUAUAAAAACCAAAAAUACAAUUCUCAAAACUUAAGAUUAAUAAAAUUCAAAUGCAUGACGGAAAUAAAAAAAAUUGCGACAAUAGAUUUCAAUAAUCCCUUUUUGAUAAAAGAAAUUUUAAACGGACAACAUGACAAAGGGAUUGAAUUUGUUUGCGAAAAAUCUGGCAGAAUAGAUUGUUUUGCUGUUUGGUUUGAUUUAUUACUUGAUGAAGAAACAUCUUUAAAUACAGGACCGUAUAAUUUAGAUAAUAUCGCAUGGGAUCAGGCCAUUUAUGCCUUACCCAACUUCAUAUACGUAAAAAAAAAUGAAACGAUUCCCCUACAAAUAUCAUUUGAUAAUGGGAUUUUAAAUAUGGAGUAUCCCGGGAAUUGGACAAAUUUAGUGGAACUUUCAAAGGCCGCCAUUAAAACUCUCAAUAACGCGGAUUUAGUGAAAACAUUUAAGGAAAUUAAUAAUAAACUUAUAACUACUUUUAAAAGUUCGGUUAAUAUAAUGGAUUGGUUUCCGUUUCCAAUAUUCGGAUUGAGUUUUAUUCAAGCUAGAAAAAAACAAUAUAACGAUAAAUUAUUAUGUUUUGUGUCUUCAGAAAAGGAUCAACAGUUUGUUUAUUUUUUGGCGCGAAGUUUUGGAUUAGAAGAAAAUGUCAUUGUUGAUAUUGAAGUUAAUGUUGAAAAAUAUUUUGUUCAAAAGGAAAAAUUUGAUAUAAUUCUAUUAAAUUACAUUGAAACAACAGGGACAAUAAAAGAAAAUUGUCCUCAAGGAAUUUUUAUGCCUAAAGAAGUAAAAGGAAUCGGUGAACUUGUUCACUCUGAUUGGCUAAUAAACACUUCCCGCGUAAUAAACAACAGGGUUACUUGCGAUUAUCAUAUAGCAGAAUUCAUAAACGCAUAUCAGGUUCAUCAUUUCAUUGAUUUGGAUUUAAAUAUAAAAAAAAUUCCGCUGAGUCAAAGUGUUGAACUCCUUGAAAUAAACAAUGAGAAAAGGAAAAUUCAAAUUUCAAUACCUUGCUUUUGCAGUUCCCUUGAAAUACAUGCAUUAAUUUAUUGGUUUAAGAUAAAAUUUAUAGAAGAUGUUGAAGAAAUCACCACUAAUAGCAAAAAAUCUACAUUUAGCACAUCUGCAUUUAUAUUUCCUAACGAAUUUGAAUUCACUAAAAGUAAUUUUCAAGUGAAUGUACAACUUGUAUUGUACUACCAAGACGGUUUAUUUAAUGUAGAAUUGAUUAAGAGUGCAACUCUCAAAUUACCUUUAGUUUCCAGAAAUUUCUUUGAAAGUAUUGCAAAUUUGGGAUUUUUAACCAUUACCAGAAGACUGUUGCAAAGGUUUGUAAUGAGUUUGGGUUACUCACAAAAUGACUACAUAAAUGUAGACAUACCUUUUUCCAGUAAAAGAGAGGCUGAAAUAGCAUUUGACGUUCUACGUGUAGAUAGUGAGCCCCCCAGAAGUUUAGUUUCAAAGUCAUUUUUGUUUGAGGAAAAUGUUUUAAAAGUAUGUUUUAGUGCACCUAAUGUUCAGCAACUUAAAAGUAGUAUAAAUAAUUUUUUGGAUAAUUUAAGCUUAUUGUGUGAUACAAUACACAGUUUUGGACCACCUUCUACUUUUUUAUAUUCACAGACUUAA